CUCUCUCUCGAGCCCUCCAGCAAGUCCCAGUCAUUGUCUCCCCCAUCAGCACACCCCACCCAGGCGAAAGCAAGCAGGCAAGCAACCCCGCAAGCGAGCGAGUGGCGGCGGGUGGAUGGCGCGCGGGCUGCGCGGCGUCCGCGACGACCUCUCCGAGCUGGGGCGCCACCUCCUCGACAUCGCCUGCUUCCUCCACCCGCUCCUCAACCCCGCGCACACCGACUCCCCGCCGGCCACCCCCACCCGCCGCGCCGCGCGCCCCCGACGCUCCCCGUCCCCGCACCCAGCCGCGCCGCCCUCCCCGUCCCUCCUCGCCGGCAUCCUCUCCGACCUCGCCGAAAUCGGGGGCUCCUUCCGCGGCGGCUUCGCCCGCGCCGCCACCCCCGCGCCCCCGCCCGACCACCCCGCCUCUGCUGCGGUCGAGUCCCUGCAGGCCGCUUGCCUGCCGCCGCCUGAUGCUGCUUCUGCUACCGCUGAUGCGCAGGUGGCGGAUGAUGUCGUGAGAGCAGCGCGUGCCCUCGCCGCGCGGCCCGAGGCGUGGAUUGACUUUCCCGUGCUCGACCUCGAUGAGAAUUCUAUAAUUUCUGAUAUCCAAAGAAAUCAUAUGGAAUCCAUUGAAAAACUUGUUCCAGAUUUAGCCUCUCUGCGGACUAGGCUCUGUCCUUCUUACAUGGAUGGAGAUGUAUUCUGGAAGAUAUACUUUAGGCUGCUUGAGUCGAACAUAAAUGAGCAUAGUUCAGAGGAAGAUAACCGGAGUGUGCCAAGUUCUGUGCAUCACGUCAAUGAGAUAGAGUCAGAUUCUCCGCCUCAUGUCUGUGAGAUAGAAAGUGUGAAAAGCAACCGAGAGGUCUAUCGAUCUUCAGAUGGCCGUGCUUUGACCAAAACAAGGUCGGCGCGACGCAUUGAUCAGUGGGUGUUCGCAAAGUCGAAAUCCGAGGAAAGCAUGGAUCAGUGGUCCGAAAUUCCUUCUGACGUGGAAUCCUUUAGAGAAGGUAAAAGAUACCUUAGUAGUGAGGAGCUGAGUGAUGUUGAUAGUGCCAAUGUUGUCGUCAUGGACAAAUACAUGGAUUCACUUCUCUCCGAUCGGAGGAACCUCCUGUACCCUAGUUCCUCAGUUCGCCAGGAUUCAGAAAGACGAAAACCUGCUUCGUCCACUGACUACAGCCACCGGCCUCCACAGCCAACUCAGCCUGCAUCACUGUCCAAGAAGGAAUCAUGGGAUGUCAUUGAGGAUUCAGAGUUUGAUAUACUUGACAGUUAGUAAUGGAGAUCUUUGCGAUCUCUGGGCUGUUUAUGGUUCUACUUCCUUAUUUCCCUACACUUCACCUGGUUUGUAAAUGCCGACAUUCAGGUGGUGUCAGUGGUCGUGGGAAAUGAUCUUUACUAAUAUAUUAUAACAUUGUGUGCAUA